GCGCGUGCGCACUCGGACGCACAACUCACAGCUUGAAGCCAAAAGUUCCGCCGCAGCACUCGGUGGAGACACGUUUAACUACAUUUGAACACAGUAAUAUGAGGGACCCUCGGGAAUAUCUGUUGAUUUCGGAGACAUACAUCUGCUGAAGGAAGUUUAUUAGUUCAAAUAACGUUAGGGCUCUCAUUAUAUUAUAAGGUUUCUUGAAAGGUGAUCAUGAUGUGCGAUGCCAGUGAAAUGUUGGCAGCUGCUUUGGAGCAGAUGGAUGGCAUCAUUGCAGGUUCUAAGGCUAUGAACUUCACCAACGGCCUGUUUGAUUGUCAGUCACCAACGUCGCCUUUCCUAGGCAGCCUUCGGGUGCUGCAUCUCUUGGAGGACCUGAGGGCUGCGUUGGACCUGAUGGAUCCCGGGGAAAAAGAAAGUCUACGCAGUCAGGUGUCCGAAACCACAGCUGAGGGUCUGAUUGAGUGGCUACAAGGCCAACUGACCAAUGGCCAUGGAUCUGCAGCAGGGGAUUUGGUCUACCAGGAGCGACUUUCUCGCUUGGAAAAUGACAAAGAAUGUCUAGUGCUCCAGGUAAGCGUUCUUACAGACCAGGUGGAAGUUCAAGGAGAAAAAAUAAGGGACCUAGACUCAAGCCUUGAGGAACACCGCAUGAAACUGAAUGCUACAGAAGAGUUACUACAACAGGAGCUGGUAAGCAGGAGUGCGUUAGAGACUGAGAAACUGGAACUGCUGACCGAAGUAUCAAGUCUGAAAUUAAAGCUAGCUGCUGCAGAAGGUGAUUGCAGAGAAAGUGAGGGUCUUUAUCAGGAUGUGAAAGACAUGCGCCUUCAGUUGACUUCUAUGGAGUAUGAGAGACUAGAUUAUGAGAGAAGUCUUAACUCUACCAAAGUACGAGUGCCUCAUGGUCAGGAGGAGCUGAUAUCACUACAAAAGCAGUUGGAGGAGAGAGAACACGCACUUAGAAGACUUCAGGACCAGGCCACGCCAGAAGCCCCAAAAACAGAACAGUUACAAAACAGAGAAAACGAUUUGGAGGUGCAGAGAAUGAGAAGAGCUGUUGAGUCUUUGAAGGCAGCUAAUGAAGAGAAGGAUUUGAAGAUAAAAGAGCUGCAGCAGUCUCUGAUCGGUUACAAGCGAGUUCAGGAUAUGGUGAUGUCUGUGCAGGCAUCAAAAGACAAACCCAGAGCCGAGGACACAAGAGAAGGCCUGUGUGACACCGAGAUGUUCUCCACAGGAGGCACAGAGGAAACUGAUGAACCUCAGCUCAUUCCAUGUUCAGAGCUGCUCCCUGAAGUGACCAUACACAAACCUGCAGCUGAGACCACUGACAGUGUCUCUAAAGUACAGCAGCCUGGAAGGUCUCGUUUGACAAGCAAUAAUGAGGAUGAAGCCAGUAAAAAUGGAGGCUCUCCAUCAGUCUCCCCGACUCGGCCCAGCUCAUUGGGGAAUGAGAGUUUUGGCUCUAAAAAAACACGUUCCUCUUUUGGACGUGGCUUUUUCAAGAUCAGAGGCAACAAGAUGACAAGCAGCGCUCCCAAUCUGGUUGAAGGAGAGCGUAAGGGAACUGAGCACUUGGAUUUGGCCGGAGUGCAAACUCGGAAAACAAAAGCAUUGGCGACACACUCACCUGAAGGGAAGAAGAAAUCGAAGGGGAUCAUGAAGUUAUUUGGAAGGAUGAAGAGAAGUCAGUCCACCUCCUCUGACCUGGACGAUUCUCCAGAGUCAGAGUUUAGGAGAGGGGGAGUCCGAGCCACAGCGGGACCCAGACUGGGCUGGUCACAUGAUCUGCAGCGAAGCAAUAACAAUGAGCUGGACAGCCCAUUUUCCAGGUGGAGUAAAGAGCAAGUGUGCGAGUGGCUACAGAACCAAGGUCUGGGCUUGUAUGUAAACCAGGCGAAGCAAUGGAUCAGCUCUGGACAGACUUUAUUGAAGGCGUCUCAGCAUGAAUUGGAAAAGGAAAUGGGCAUCAGGCAUCCUCUACAUAGAAAGAAACUGCAGCUGGCUCUUCAGUCGCUGGGCUCAGAGGAGAAAGAUGCCAUGGGUAAACUGGACUACAACUGGGUUACUCGAUGGCUGGAUGACAUCGGCCUACCUCAGUAUAAAUCUCAGUUUGACGAGGGCAGAGUGGAUGGGCGCAUGCUUCACUAUAUGACUCUGGAUGACCUGUUGGGACUGAAAGUGGGCAGUGUGCUUCACCAUCUCAGUAUUAAGAGGGCCAUUCAGGUGCUACGUAUUAACUGCUAUGACCCCAGCUGCCUCCGCCGCCGACCGACUGAGAACAAUCCCACGCCAGCAGAAAUCUGUCAGUGGACCAAUCACAGAGUGAUGGAGUGGCUUCGUUCAGUGGAUCUAGCAGAGUACGCACCCAACCUGAGAGGAAGUGGAGUCCACGGAGGCCUAAUGGUUUUAGAGCCACGCUUCAAUGUUGAAACAAUGGCUCUGCUUCUUAACAUCCCACCAAAUAAAACUCUGUUGAGACGUCACCUUGCAAACAACUUCCAUCUUCUGAUUGGCUCAGAGGCACAAAGACUGAAGCAGGAGUAUCUCGAAAACCCAGAUUACACUUUCCUGACAGCCACAGCUAAAGUUAAGCCAAGACGUCUGUCGUUUGGAAGUUUUGGGACAAUGAGGCGGAAGCGACAGGAGGAGAUGGAAGAGUAUGUUUGCCCCAUGGAUGUGCAGAUGCCUCAGAGCAGCAGUUUCCAUAAAGUCCUUUGCAUAUAUGAGGAUCAGCUGGAGCAGAUGGAGGACUCUGAGGGCACAGUGAGACAGAUCGGUGCAUUCUCGGAGGGAAUCAACAACCUGACUAGCAUGCUAAAAGAGGAUGAGUUCUUCAGGGAAGCGUCCUCGCUUUCACCUGAAACCAGUGUCACAGAUGUCGACUGAGACAUUUAAAAAUGACAACCGUCACUUAAGUCUGCAACUGUGAAAUUUGAGAAACUGAAAGUGACUGAUUUUACAAUGAAAGCAGGAGGCUCCACUCACAGUGAAACUCAAAUUACACCAUAGAUGCCAUAACAUAUUAAUUCAAUGAAAAGAUCAUUAUUUAUUUAGGAUUUGCAGUAUAUGAAAAAAACAACAACCGUAUUUAUGUGUUUGCACCAAGCUAAAACCAAAGAUGACAAAUCAAAAUUGCAGUUUAGUCUUUCUUUUAUAUCCCAGGCUAUUCUUAUAUGACCAUUUGCUUCAUGUUUAUCUUUUUUUUUUUUCUUAUGGUGGGAUGUUUAUGUAAUUUUAUUGGGAGGGAAAUAUUUUCUUUCCCUGUGAAGUCUGGAUAUUGUUAUUGUUGCUAUAACCAUAUCAGUGAAAACCAUGUACUGUUUUAUGCAUGUGUAAGUCAAAGAAAUUCAAUUAAAACUAAAAUUUUUUUUUUCCAAAUCCUGUUUUUAGACUAUGCAUAUUAGUUUGUCUUAGGUUUAUUCAAAUGUAAGAUUAUCAUCAUCUGUGAAUCUAUAAAUUUUUUUUUUU